AUCGCUUCGCGCGAAUCCUCGUUUCUCGUUUGUUAAGGGACACCGAUUCCUUCUCUUCGUAAGGAAUUCUACUCUCUAUCGGCCUUUUCUCCUUCGAGAAAGAUUCGCGGUUACUUCCGUUGUAACGUGGGGAAACGUUAACGCGUAAACCGCGACGGUUUAAUCUAACGGAUCGUUUUUUAUGUACCUCCGAAAAGUUGCGCCCGAGGAGGAAGCGGGGAUCGCAAGGAACGGGAGGAUGCGUUCGCGUGUCGACAGGAUCAGCGAGAGAAACGUGAGGAUUGACUGAGGAUGCACUGAGUUUUGUUCGCGAAAUUUGUAAGAUUUGUCGCUCGUUUUCAAGUAGAAAGUCAACUGUUGUGUGAUAAAUAAUACUACAUUAAAGAAUGGACAGCAGUAACACUCGUUGGUGCUCUGCACCAGGCUGCAUGCUGAAUAUAAAAAUAAUGAAACGGCAUUUCUUUCGAUUUCCGAAAGAUAAGAAAAGAUGGCUAGAAUGGAUUAAGGCAUGCAAUAGAAUGGAUUUAGUACCAAUAGGCCCAGAAUAUGCUAAUCGAUUUUAUCGGUUAUGUCAUUUACAUUUUCGAGUAGAAAUGUUUCGAAAUAUAGAGGGAAGAAUUUAUUUGAGCAAAGAAGCUGUGCCGUCAAUAUUUUUGAAGCCAUUACAAAACCAAACAGGAACUAAUAAUUCAUCUACAACUUUGUUUCAACCGAUUUCCUUUGUAACGAUAUUUUUGAAGCCAGAGAGCAGAAAUAAAAACUCGUCAGAUUUAUCGCUAUCCGAAGUAUCUCAAACACAUCCCAUGAAACCUGACGAAAGAGAUACGGCUAUAAUUUCACCGGUGCAAGCACUUUUUCCUAGAGCGUCUGUAAAGCAGGCAUAUGAGAAUAGAAAUACAUCGUCACCUCAAAGUGCUCAAACCACAUUGCUAGAAGAGAAGUCAGAAAAUGAUAACAGGAAUUUGAUGAAGGAAAUACAAUUCGUCAAAGAAAUAUAUACGAAUACAGAAACAGCGUCGACAUCAUCGACACCGUCGCGAGCAUCUCCGAAGGAGGAAUGCAGCAAUACAGAUAUUAUAGAUUUAACAUCUAUGGACAUGGAUUAUUCACAGCCAACAACGUCGUCGAAAGCAGUAUCGGUCGGUGCAGCGAAACAAAAUGGCGACAGGGCAUCAAAAAAAAGACAUUGGAACAUUUCGACGCAGACACCGGAAGCUUGGCUGUACAUCGACUCCUUUCUUCGAGGGAAGAGACCUAUGGAGAAAUCCGACAUUCAUGGCGACAGUCUGGUUGCAAAGCGGAGGAAAACGCUCGGCGCGGAAAACGAGGACGGUCGCGUGAGCAUGGAUCAAUUUAAAACUGCGUGUGCAGACUUAUUACCGCGUAAUUCCGCUCUGUUAGUCUCGGCAUGCAUCAACGCUCGCGAGAGGUCCAAGGCUAAAAAGAGCUUAGAGAAUAGGCAAUUCGCGCUCGAGUUAUUCUUCAUGGCGUCGGGCGCGUAUAGAUUCUACCGGCCGCUAUGCCAACUGCCGACAGUGCGUCAACUGUGGAGACACAUCCGCAACUGGGAUAUGCCGCCCGGCUUGAACGACAACGUGUUUAACGCGUUGCGCUUGAAGCUGAGGUCGCUGCCGCCGGCGGAGAGACAUUGCUCCCUGUCGGUGAACGAGAUGCAACUGAGGCCGCAUCUCUUCUACAAUCUGACGCGCGACAGAAUCGUCGGUUUCCACGACACCGGCACGCAGAAGCGGCGCACGUUAGCGAGAAAGGUCCUGGUGAUAAUGGCGUGUAGCUUGGCCGGCGACUGGGAACAGCCCGUCGCCUAUUACUUCCACGGCGGCACGUGUCGCGCCGAUGUCGUGAAGAAUCUGAUAUUCCAAUUGAUAGUCAGAUUGAAGAGCAUCGACGCGACCGUGCACGUUUUGAUUACAAAUAUAUCGUCAACGUUUCUGCGAUUGUCACGGCUGUUGGGAAUCUCCGCGGAACGCCCGUCAUUUCUGGUGAACGACGAAAGGGUGUUUUACAUUUUCGACGUUACACGGCUAAUGAGAGCGACCAGAAACGUGUUCAGGAGCUACGAGCUCCGCUUCCGCGAGAAGAGGGCCUCGUGGACGGAUAUCGAACUCUUUUUCAGACGCGACAGCCAGAUGCGACUGCCGCUGGCUCCUAAAUUGUCCGUGGGUCAUCUCGAGCCUAAAGGAUGUCAAAAGGUGGAAACCAAGUACGCCGUUGAGGUAUUCAGUAGCAGUAUAGCUGCAGGUCUGAGCACGCAAGUCGCAUCCGGUGAGUUACCUCUGGAAACGCUCGGCACGAUGGAGUUUAUACACAAUUUCGAUCAGCUGUUCGACAUCCUCAACUCCUCCGCGUCCACAAAAUCGAACACGAAGAAUUUCGGACAGGCUUUCACGGGUAGCAUGCACGAGAUAAGCUUCCUGCAGCAGACACUCGAAUUUUUGAAGUCGAUCAAGGUGGUGGACAGGAACGGCGCGCAUGUCAAGUCGAUCAGGAGCUUCGAUCGUUGGCAGAUCACGAUCAACGCGGUUAUUCAACUGUGGGACGUGUUGAAGCAGCAGUACCAGCUCCCCUCUCUCUACACGAGAAGACUAAAUCAUGAGAGCAUCGAGCGCGUUUUUCGUUCCAUUAGACGGCAAAGCGGAAAUCGCGUCAAACCCACGCCUAUCCUGUUUACUCGCGCGUUCAAGAAUCUCGUAAGCAAGCAUUUCCUCGAGCAUUCAAGCGGGGGCGAUUCCACCGUGAACGGGCAGAAGAUGCUCAAGCGGAUCGCGUCGUCCCCGUCGGCGACCUCCCUAGCCGACGAAGUUCCGCCCGCCGUUCAAGUGGUUUUGAACGUCACGACGACGAAUUAUCGCGACAUCGAUUUACGACUGCCCGAGAAAAGCGCGUUUCAGCGCGUGUGCGAGUUUCUGCUCAACGAGUGUUUGCGGGCGCACGUUAAUUGCGACGUGUGCGUCGCCUAUGCUGCCGGCACGUCCAACAGAGACGCGUCGAGCUGCUUCAAUUCCUACAUCUCCAACCUCGAUGACACGUUCAUGCGUAAUUUCGAGAGACUCUCCAUCGAGGACAACAUUGGCGCGCAGAUUCUGCAGCUCGCGCAGGAAGUCGACUACAAACCACCCUGUCCGGACUUCCCGGUCGCUUUACUGGUCAAACUAUUUUUACGUAUGCGAGUAUAUUUUACGUUGUCGCGGCAUAACAAGAUUUGCAAGGGCAUAGAGCCGCGCAGCUCUUUAAAUGUGAUGCAGUUAUAAAUGGCUCGUUUUUAUUGCGUUAUCUACGUUUUAUUACGUUUAGAUUUUAUUUCGUUUGUAUUGGUUAAUAUUUUUUUUAAUUAGUAUUGUUUUCUUUAUAUAUUCUUUAUGUACUGUAUCGUUUAAAAGCAGGAAUUUAAUGCGUUAUUUUCGCUAAAACAAUUACAUGAGUUUUUCCUAAAUCUCAUGGCUAAUAUUUCGAGAAGUGUUUCGUAUUAAGCGAAUAGAGAUUCGUGAAUAUAAAUUUUCCCUGAGUGGAAGUCGUCGAAUGUAGUGAACCUUUGUGUUUUUAACACAUUACGUUUAAUUGAAUAUAUUUUCGAAUAUAUAUUACUGAUUGCAUGUUUGACAAAUUAUUUUAAAAUGCUUAAUACGAAAUUAUGAUUUUUAAGACCUUACUAAUUGUCAUUCACCGUCCUUUUAGUUUACUCUUUUAUGACAAAGAAUUCUCUGAAAAAAUUAUAUAUGACGUUAUUGAAAA